UUUAUCAAGGAGCUUUUAUUUGGUUUAUUAGGAGGGCUAUGAUUGUUUUUUGCUUAUUAGUGCCUGAGAUAGUGAGAUACAUAUGAGUUGUUCUCAUAUGAAAACUGUGAUGGUCAACGAUAAGGCGAAGGUGCGUCGUAAUUCAACCGAUAUUGGAUUGGAUUUUCACUAUUGACGUUGAAUUUUCCCAAAUUCGUCAUUGCCGUGAUAAAGCAACGAAGAAAAUUUCGGCAUUUCUACUCAUUUACAAAAGUAUCUCAAGUUGCUUUAAAAAUGAAGCAUGUAAUAAUUGUUGGUGCAGGAGCAUCUGGGUUGGCUGCAGCCUCAAGGCUUGUUGAGAAUGGUUUGAGCACCACAAAUAUUACAAUCUUAGAAGCUCAGAAUCACAUUGGAGGAAGAGUGCAUACAGUUACAAAUGAUGGAAAUCCAUUGGAAAUCGGGGCACAAUGGGUACAUGGUCAAAAAGGAAAUGUUGUGUUUGAAAUUGCUGAAUCAGCUCAUGAGCUUAAUACCGACAUCCAAACUUUAGAAUCUAGUGGAUUUGCCGAAAAUGUGGUGUUUGGAUUUGAAGACUACAAAUUGAAUAAAGAACAAGUUCAACAAUUUAUGCAAACAGUAGAUUCACUUGAAGAGAUUUCUAAAAGUGAGUUGUCUGGAUGGAACAAGUCUUUGGGAGAAUAUUUCGAAGAAAAGUUCAACGAACUUAUUCUUUCUAAAUGUUCUCACUCUGAGUUUGAUCGAUCUACUGCAUUAGCCUUUCUCGAUUGGUACCAUAUAAUGGAAAAUGUGAUUGAUGGAGCAGAUAACUGGAAAGAAACGUGCGGUUCCGGCCAUUUACAUUACAAAGAAUGUUCUGGAGAUCCCUUAGUUACAUGGAAGCGAGGAUACAGUACUCUUUUCAAAAUUUUAAUGAAAAAUCUAUCGAAAUCGCACAGUGACCAGCAGCUACCUCUUUCUGAUCGUAUAUUUCUUAACAAGGCUGUGACAAGUAUCGAUUGGGAUAGUGAGGCUACAUCAGAAAAACAAAUUCAAGUUACCUGUGAAGAUGGAUCUCUCUACCCAGCCGAUUUUGUUCUAGUCACUGCUUCCCUUGGAUUUCUAAAAUCUAAUAUGCAUAGCCUAUUUAUUCCCGCUUUGCCACCUUAUAAAAAGAGAGCCAUUCAGGGUCUCGGCUUUGGGACUGUUGACAAAAUAUUCAUCAAGUUUGAGAAACCCUGGUGGACAACAGACUGGGGAGGGAUCUCUCUUUUACGCCAGCGUUCACAAGAAGCUGACAGCCAUUGGUCAGAUCAUUUAUUGGGUUUUUACACGGUGCGUCUUCAUCCGAAUAUGCUCAUAGCCUGGAUUACAGGAAAAGCUGCUCGCCAAGUAGAGUCAUUACCAGAGAAUGAAAUUCUUAAGGUCUGCUCGGACCUUUUAAGGAAAUACAUAGGGGCGGAUUUCCCUUUCACAGAACCCGUCGGAUUGAUUCUCUCCAAAUGGUUUAGCAAUCCUUUUACGGUUGGCUCGUACAGUUACCGGUCGAUGGAAUCCAAAGAGAUGAACGUUUGGGCAGCAGACCUUGCUCUACCGGUAUACGAUUCCAAUGGUUUUCCUCGCUUGUUCUUCGCUGGUGAAGCUACACACGACCACUUCUAUAGUACUACACAUGGAGCAAUAGAAACCGGAUGGAGAGAAGCCGAUCGUAUUGCCAAAUACUGUAUCGGUUUUCACAACGCAAAACUGUAAGGUAUUUUUGUUAUCUUUCCCAAGAUUAUAUUAGCUAUUGAAUUUAAAUGUAACCCCUCACCGAAAGUUCGCAUUAAAGAAAAUUGAAAGAAAAGAUUGUUGAUCUAUUUGCGUCAGUGCAAAUUUAUUAGAAAUAGAAAAUCAUAGUAAAACUGUAAAAGUUUGUUUAAAUUCCUUUCAUUAAAAAUUAUCUAAAAUUUUUUAUGAAAAGAGUACUAACUCUAGUAGAAAAAUAGCGCGAAUAAUCCUUCUUUAAAUUCGUUUUCAACAAUCAAAUCGAUUACUAUUUUAAGAAACUAACGUUCUAAACAUGGGGAGAGAACACCUCGCGCAGUUUUCCCAAAAUUCCGUGCACGUGCUUGUGUUCAUUUCCUUCAUGCAAAUCAGGCGAAAUCUUGUGCUCCAAAUUCUCCUCUUCUUUCUUGCUAGUUGGUAAGGUAAUAUUUUCAGGAUCAUCUGUGUAAAGAUCAAAAUGAGAUAUUAUAAAGCAUGCAAAUGAACAUUAAUCAUUCAUUCAAUGAAAUUCACAUGUAAAACUUAGUCGCAAUAUGGGCCAACUGUAGAGAAAUAUGGCAUAGGUAUAGGAAAAUAGUAAGGGAACACUCCAGAAUUCUCAUCACCAUAUCGCAGCGUUGCCGAUGGUUCCUCCUCCUCUUCCGCUUCUUCUUCUUCAUCGUCGUUAUCAUCGUCGUCUUCAUCGUCGUCUUCAUCCUCCCAUGAUGUUUUUUCUCGUUUCGCCAUCUCAUCCUCUAAUUUCUUCACCAAAGAUUUUUCCUGUCUCCGUCGGUGUUUUACGUUCUUCUUUGCCAACAAGUAGUAGUCACGCUCGUUAAGCGAAUCUUCUUUCGAAAUUCUUGGAUCAAGAAUUACUUUGCCAACUUGUCCAUGCUCUUGUACGUGCUGCAGUGCUUCAUUAAACUAAUCAUAUGUAAA